GCAUCAGCUCUCGUUCUUUGUGCCUCGGAGCAGGAUGUUUUCUUUGAGCAGCUGCUAAUGUUUUAAACUCCUCUUAGAUAGAACUUUUAAUUGAGUUUAAUUAGCUGACGGCUUUUUAAUAAAGCGCUUGAAUUAGGUGUUGAGUUAUUACAAGUUGUUGAGGAGGGGGAAUCCACACAUUCAGAGCUGGACAUGAGUUUGGGUCCCACUGAGAGUCUGGGUCGAGACAUUAGUCAGGAGGAGCUGGACUUCAAUGACCUGUUCAUGUAUAAUCCACCUGGAGAGGAUUUCCCUGUCGGCUGUGACAAAGAUGAUCCAGUUAUCCUCUUUCAGGAUGACAAGCAGCCUCCUCUGCUGGUGGUCGACCAUCACACUGCGUACGUCUCCAGCUCCAACCAGCCAGCCUCCAGCCACAACUCCUCCUCUCACAGCCCCACCAGGGAGAACCUGUCAGGGGCUCUGUUUGACUCUUUGGGCCUGGUAUCGAGACCAGAGAACAUACCAGCUCCCAGCCCCAGGAUUGAGAUCACUCCCUCAGGCGACUCCCUCAGCUCGCAGACCCUGCAGCCCAGCCCUGGCUCCAAAGUCCUGGGAGCCUACAGGGAGUGUGUGAGCCCUGCCAGCAGCAACUCCUCCACAGGAUGGCCAGUAGAGACCUACUCUCCUGCAGCGUCACCAUGUGUCUCUCCUUCCAAUAGAGGUGGCUGUAGCGUAGGGUUUACCGCCUUAGACCUCUGCCCGGGCCUCCAGGGCAUCCACACCUCCUCUGCCCACUCCUCUCCUGGAGCCUCGCCACGCAACAGCAUCCCAGAUGAGACCUUUCUCCUGCCACAACACCAACGUGCUGCUGCACCACUUCUUCAGCAGCGCUCCCAUUCUGCCUCGCCACAUGGAAAGCGAGCCUAUGAGCAGGCCCACUCCUGUCAGGGUGGCACCCCUGUCAAACAGCGCUCCAGGAGCCCAAGCCCCAUCCCCUCUCCGCUUGAGCAGCAGGGGUCCCACUAUCUUCACCAGGCCCAAGCUGAGUUUCAGACCCAGGUUCAGGUUCUCGGGGAGGAAUGGAGCUCCAGUCUGUCCAGAGCAGUGCCCUCCGUCGUGGUGCAAAGUGCACAUGGGCAGGCCCAGAGGCAGGACUGCGUGUAUGGAGAGGUUUAUGACUGGGCCAUUGAGCAGGAGAGGAUUGGUAGGUCUGGAGCCGUGGUCAAGCCUGACAUGGUCUACAUGGUCCCAGCUGUGUGGCCCCCCUCUCAUCCAGUCCAACACGGAAAAUUCAGUGGUCUCUCUGUGACCCCACUUCCUCAACUAGACAGGCAAUUACCCAAUCAGUCUGGUCAGUAUGAGCUGCUGAUCCGGCAGCAGCCCAAAUCUCACCACAGAGCUCACUACGAGACUGAGGGAAGCCGCGGCGCCGUAAAAACACCCAAAGGAGGGCACCCAGAAAUUCAGCUCUGUGGGUAUGAAGGCUCGGCUCCACUGGGGCUGCAGGUCUUCAUAGGCACAGCCGACGAGAGGCUCCUGAAACCCCACGCCUUCUACCAGGUGCACCGCGUCACGGGCAAAACCGUCACCACGCCCAGUAUGGAGAGGAUGAUCAGCGGGACCAAAGUGUUGGAGAUCCCCCUGGAGCCGAAGAACCAUAUGAGAGUGGUGAUCGACUGUGUCGGGAUCCUGAAGCUGAGAAACGCCGACAUUGAACUGAGGAACGGUGAGACGGACAUCGGACGAAAGAACACGCGUGUGCGUUUGGUGUUUCAGGUCCACGUUCCCCAGUCUGGAGGCCGGCUCGUGUCUCUUCAAGUUGCCUCUGAGCCUAUUGAAUGCUCCCAGCGAGCUCAGGAGCUCCCUGCAGUCGAGAGGCAGGACCUGGACCGAUGCUCGGUGCUCGGGGGUCAACAAAUGGUCCUCACUGGACAAAAUUUCACACCUGACUCCAAGGUGAUAUUCUCUGAGAAGACACAAGAGGGGCAGCAAAUCUGGGAGAUGGAGGCCACGGUUGACAAAGACAAAACACAAGCUAACAUGCUGUUCGUUGAGGUCCCGCCGUAUCGAGACCGAACCAUUUGCCACCCGGCCAAAGUCAACUUUUACGUCGUCAAUGGGAAGAAGAAUGCCAGUCAGCCUCAGCACUUCAUCUACACUCCCGUCAUAGCCGUUAAAGCAGAGCCACUAGAUGACUAUCGGUUGAAUUCAUGUGGCUACUCAGUCCCUGGCCUGUCGGUGAAGCCACUCUACCAUCACCUGGAGCAGGACAGCCACCUUCAAGCCUUGAAUGUUUCUCCAACACUUUACCAUCUGACCAAUAUGGACCCCAGAGCCUGCGUGUUAACACCUGAUCCCCUGGAUGACCAAUCAGCCUAUUACCAGUCCAGAGCCGGCCCUUUGAUCAACACUCCCAUGCUGUACCACACUGUCAACCAACACUACAGCAGCUGUGAUACAACCCUUCUUAAUGAUUCCCCAAUGGCAUCCUACUCUGCCUCCCCCCGCAGCCAGUGCGUCAGUGCCAGGACCCCUGUGGGCAAACUGUUCGACAGUCCUCCGGUUAGUGAUUCCUGUUUGAUGUCAAGACAGCAGACGAUGCUGCCACUCGGGAAGUCGCCGCCUUCAAGAUUCAUCCACGGUCAAGCUCAUGGGAGGGCUGGGUGCAGGGUGGAGCCAGGUGGAGGUAACCAUGAGAAGUGGGCUCCCGAGAAGGUCACAGUCAAACAAGAGAACCUCAGCUAUGCCUACCUGGAGGAUGUGAAUGACAUCAUCAGAAGGGACCUGAAAGGCCACAAUGGAGAGUGAACCUGGAGAAAUGCCGCAGCCUUGGUGUCCACCACAUCCAAAGCAUAAAAAAAUCAAACAACGUACACAUCAAAAUCUUGACUGUAUCAGAGGAAGUUUGUACCUGUAACAAUUGCAAUUGAAAAAUCUACCGGAUAAAAGGAAACAUGAGGCAAAGAAGAAAUUGAAGCUACUCCAUUAGAGGCUCAUGUUAACAUUAUUUCAAGAUGUGUAACUGGAUCUGUGAAACUAGGGAGGGAGGUGGUUCACUGUAAGAACAUCUGCUGCAACAUGUACAUCAAUCCGAUCACUGUUACUUCAAUACUGUCAUACAUAUUUAGCUAAAGACACAAGUGUCAUACUUAUACUGGUCUGUAUUGUGUCUUCGCUCUGUGCAUAUACUUGUACAACGGCUCUUUGUAAACAUGUGUAAAUAUUUUAUAAUAAAUCUGUUUAAAUGAA